GUGUCUCUGUGUCCCACAGCUAUGUGGUUCUGGAUCUAAUGGAGAGUGACCUGCACCAGAUCAUCCAGUCCCCUCAGCCUCUAUCGUCGGAGCACUGCUGCUACUUCCUGUACCAGCUCCUGCGUGGCCUCAAGUACGUCCACUCAGCCUCGGUGGUCCACCGCGACCUCAAGCCCAGCAACCUGCUGGUCAACGAGAACUGCGAGCUGAAGAUCGGCGACUUCGGCCUGGCGCGGGGCCUCCACUGCUCCGGUGAUUCCGCCCAGCCCUUCCUGACGGAGUACGUGGCCACCCGCUGGUACCGGGCCCCGGAGCUGAUGCUGUCCCUGCCCGGGUACGGGCCGGCCGUCGAUUUGUGGUCGGCCGGCUGCGUGUUGGCGGAGAUGAUUGGCCGGCGCUCGCUGUUCCCCGGGAAGAACUACCUCCACCAGCUGCAGCUAAUGCUGGCGGUGCUGGGGACCCCGCCUGAGGGGCUGGUGUCGGCCGUCGGGGCGGAGCGUGUGCGGGCGUACCUCCACGGGCUCCCCAAACGCUCGCCCGUCCCCUUCUCGCUGCUGUUCCCCGCCGCUGAGCCGCCGGCCCUGGACCUGCUCGCCCGCCUGCUGCGCUUCGACCCGCGGGAGCGGCUGACGGCGGCCCAGGCCCUCCGCCACCCCUUCCUGGCCAAGUACCACGACCCCCAGGACGAGCCCGACUGCUGCCCGCCCUUCUCCUUCCCCGACCCCCCCUCCCCCGACCGCGAGCGGCUGCGGGAGGCCAUCGCCGCCGAGAUCGAGGACUUCCACCGGCGGCGGAGGGGGGUCAAGCUGCGGCUGGCCCCUGCCGUCGCAGAACCCUCGUCCCCCCGACCAACGCUUCCAGCCGCCGCCGCCGCCGCCACCGACGGCCACGUACACAGCGACGUGGAGAUGGGCCGCAACGAGCCGGCAACUGCUGCCGGCCAGGAGGAGGAGGAGAGGGGGGGAGACGGAGAGGGGGAGGAGGAGGAGAAGGAGAAGGACAGGCCCAGGCCAGAGGCGAAGAAAGAGGGAGCCAUCUCCCACGACACCAAGCUGGCCUUGAAGGCCGCCAUCUUGAAAUCAGCGCAGAGGCAACGGAAUAAAGACGCGUGUGGGCCUCAGGCCUCGUGCCCGGAGCCCCCGGACCCGCGGAGACCCGUGACCGCCCAGGACCGCCAGCGGGAGCGGGAGGAGAAGAGGCGUCGGAGGCAGGAGAGGGCCCGGGAGCGGGAGAGACGGCAGCGGGAGAGAGACCGGCGGGAGCUGAGGGCCGGGGACGUCCUGUCCGGGGUGGUCCUCAGCCAAGGGGACAAGACCCUGCUGGAGCGGUGGACCAAGAUGCUGCAGGCCCCGACUGGCCAGGAGGGACAAGGCCCAGGCUUCCAGGCCGAGCCCGGGGCGGCAAUGGGGCCUGACGCCAUCUUGGGGCCUUCCCCAGGCUUGGGGCCUCCCCCCAACCUGAGGCCUGCCGGAACUACCGCACAUCUGGGGUCCAACACCAUCUUGGGGCCUUCCUCAGGCUUGGGGCCGAACACAAUCUUGCGGCCCACACUAGGCUUGGGGCCUAGCUCAGGCUUGGGAACAACUGCAGGCCUGCAGCCUACCACAAUAGGCCUAGGGCCUAGUUCAGGCUUAGGAACUAGCUCAAGCAUGGGGCCUAGCGCAGGUUUGGGGCCUUCAGGCCUGAGGCCUAACACAAUCUUGCAGCCGACAACAGUCUUGGGGCCUACCUCAGGCUUGCAGCCUACCACAGGCCUGGGGCCUAACACAAUCUUGGGGCCUUCCUCGGGAAUGGGGCCUAGCUCAGGUCUGGGCUACGUUGGGCUUGGGGACUACCGCAGGCCUGAGGCCUACCACAGGCUUGGGAGCUACCGCGCAUCUGGGGUCCAACUCAAUCUUGCGGCCUAGC